UCCGGGUGUACACGAGGCGUUCGCUGCGAACCCCGGGGGCGCUAUACUGCCGCCUCCUGGUCCCACUUCCUCCGAGUGCCUGCUUUCGGGUUUGCGUCCUUUCCCGCCUUGCUACCGUAACGCGUGUCAACCUCCGCCGCUCGCCAGUUGUCGGGAAGGCCGCUGUGUCGAGUGCUACCUUCCUAAGGUACUGCUUAGGAUGAGUGUGAUUUGGAGAAGUUAUAUUUGCAAUGUAAGGCUAAGGAAGGUGCCACACAGAUGCCAAAGUGGUAGCCACCCCGUGGCACCCCUGGGAUCAAGAAUUUUAACUGACCCAGCCAAAAUUUUUGAACACAACAUGUGUGUUGUUUAGACUACCUAAACUGAUUUCAUGACUCACUAAGGGGAUAUGACCUUUAGUUUAAAAAAACACUGAGCUAAGCCAUUCUCUGAAAACCCAAGUCUUGAGUCUUGAUCAUGCUAGGCAAAUGCUGUACCCCUGAAGUACACCUGCAGCCAAAGGAUUGCUGCAACUUCCUGUGUCCUGGCACCAAAGUCCCGAUCCAGAGUACAUUUGUGGUAAUCACCCCAGCUGGCUAAACCAUCUUACUUUAGGACUUUUACAUCCUGCGAGCUGCAUGGGAAGGACCCUGGAACACCUUCAAGCCACGAAAUGGAGACAGUGACCUUUGAGGAUGUGGCUGUGAACUUCACUGUGGAAGAGUGGGCUUUGCUGGAUCCAUCCCAGAAGCAGCUCCACAGAGAUGUGAUGUGGGAAACCUUUAAGAAUGUGACUGCUAUAGAAAGAAACUGGGAUGACGGGCAAAAUGAAGAUGAGUUCAGAUGUUGGAGGAGCAAUUCGAGAAGUAAAGAGGGAUCACAUGCAGUGGUCUAAAGAAGAAGAAGCAGCUGCCAGAAAAAAAGUAGAGGAAAACUCAGCUGUGCGAGUCAUUCAGGAAGAGCAAGUUAAAUAUGAAAGUGAAGCUAGUAAAUACUGGGACACAUUUUACAAGAUUCAUAAGAGUAAGUUUUUCAAGAAUCGUAAUUGGUUGUUGAGGGAAUUUCCUGAAAUUCUUCCCGUUGAUAAAGAAACCGAAGAGAAGAUGGGAGAACCAUUAUGGGAUCUUGUAGAAACUGAUGCUGCAAACUGUUUCUCAAAAAUGCCAGAAGAAAAAAACUAUUAUGAGAAAAGUUCUGGUUCAUCAGAUGAUCAAAGCAAAAGAGAAUUUGAUCGUCCCAGCCUAGACUCUGAAGAGGACAGAAAAGGACCCCCCAAGACUGAACUGUUUCCUGGGAGCGAUGCCACUUUCAGAAUACUAGAGGUUGGCUGUGGUGCUGGAAAUAGUGUUUUUCCAAUUUUGAACACCUUGCAGAACAUUCCAGAAUCCUUUCUUUAUUGUUGUGAUUUUGCCUCUGGAGCUGUGGAGCUUAUAAAGUCACAAUCGUCCUACAGAGCCGCCCAGUGUUCUGCCUUUGUUCACGAUGUGUGUGAUGAUAGUUCACCAUACCCUUUCCCAGACGGGAUCCUGGAUGUCGUUCUCCUCGUCUUUGUGCUCUCUUCUAUUCAUCCUGACAGGAUGCAAGGUGUUGUCAACCGACUGUCUAAGUUGCUGAAGCCCGGGGGAAUGCUGCUCUUUCGGGACUAUGGAAGAUAUGAUAACACUCAGCUUCGUUUCAAAAAGGGGCAUUGUUUAUCUGAAAAUUUUUAUGUUCGAGGAGAUGGUACCCGAGCAUAUUUCUUUACGAAAGGGGAAGUCCACCGUAUGUUCUGCAAGGCCGGAUUAGAUGAAAAGCAAAAUCUGGUUGAUCGUCGCUUACAGGUUAAUAGGAAAAAGCAAGUGAAAAUGCAUCGAGUGUGGGUUCAAGGAAAAUUCCAAAAACCAUCGCACUGGACUCAAAAUAGUUCCAAAUUGCUAUUUUCCACUCCUUUCUCAUGACUGAAAUAUGUACCAUGCUAAGACAUAAAACCAGAGGACUCUGCCCUUUAAAGAUUCCUGAAAAUCUUUUGUUUCUCAAAAGACAAUGAGAAGAAAAGAGAAUUUGUAUUUCUUGGUAUUGUAUCUUGGGUGAGCUCUUUGUGCAUUUUAAGUGCAUGUAAGUUGAUCUGAACAAGUGUACCAUUUUAUUGUAUCUUCAAAAGUUGAUAUGUGCAAGCUUGUGUGGGUUUAUUACAUCUAAACAUCUUGUUUGUUCUUUGAA